UUGGGGCAUUUUAGUCUGCGAAUGGACCUUGAGGAGCAUUGCUGUAUGAACUGUUGUCAUCUGUACUGACUGUUAUUAUUUGUAACUUUUCACCGCGCUUUUUUCUGUGGUUGUGCGGCAGCAGGUUUGCAGAAAACUGCAGUUCCCUCUCACAUCACUUGCAAGGUACAGGUUGGAUUAAUGACACGGUGCUGCGAGGACACAAACAUCCUCUGAUCCGUUAUUUGGGGCCCGGACUGCAGCAAUAAAUAUGGACUUUACACGGACAUCUAUACUGAAGUUAAUGGAUCGUCAGUCUGUGCCAGAGGGCGAUUAAUCUGACGCGUGCGCCGCAUCCUCACCAGGCUAUGAUUUUAUUUUGGAUUGUCUGACAUGGAAAGGAUACUGUUCAUCCUCGCGAGAGUUAUGAUUUUUGAAAUAUUGGCAGUGAUUCUGUUUCAAGGUAAGUUUGAUGCAAGUUGCAAACGUCUGUUUUACGCACUGGAAUAUAUUGAUAUCUCAGUCAUUUGGUCAUUUUUGUAAAGUACCUUACUUAUAACAUUUUUCUUGUGCAAUACAAGGUGUGUUGACAUACGAGAUCAACCCCAGUCGUCCUCGGGACUUUGACAAGGUGUCCGGCUCUGGAGGACCAGAAGGUUCACAUCUGGCUGAGGCAACAGAAGCAAAAUCAAGACCAAAGCGCUGCACUUGUUAUUCCUACAAGGAUAAAGAGUGCGUCUACUACUGCCACCUGGACAUCAUUUGGAUCAACACUCCCGAGUAAGACAUGUUUUUUUGUUUUUGUUUUUUUUGUUUUGUUUUUGCAAAGGACACAUUUUAUUGUCUCUAAAUUCUGUGUGGCAAAUCCUUAGGGACAUAGUCUACAACUGCACACACAUCUACAAAUGCACAUCUGCGCAUCUUCUAUCAGUGUUAACAAUUAGAAGGAUGCUUAUUAUGACUUUGAAAAAAGCAACACACAAGCCCUUAGGUGCUUUUUGUAACUAAAAUCGGGGCCGUGCACUAACACAGUACAAUGCAACAAGGCCCGCCCGAUGUGCACCCCCGAGGCGCCAGGCGCUAGACGCAGUCACGGUUCAAGUGAGGGCAAGCCCUCACUUAACUAAAACAAACCCAGUGCAAGGUCAAAUAUUGACAUCAGUGAGGUGGAGACUGUUACUGCAAAAGUUAACUUGUUCUGUUUUUCUUCUAUUUACUUCUUGUUUCUUAACAUCUUAUCUGUGGUUUAACAUCUGUGCCACAAUCUGCAAUGCUGUGUUCAUGUUCAAGUGGGCAUGAACACAGAAUAUUAGAAUCUUAUAUGAUAUUUCUGUGUCUCCGGAGUCAGCAGGGAUUAUGUGACCCUUUUGAGUGGCAGCUUUAUGCCUCACUUCAAUUGUUUGCACCACCAUAAAAAGAUAUUCCGUGAAUUUAAAUGCUUUCUCUGCAUGUUCAAAUCAACCCUUUCCAUCCCUGACAUUGUUGGCCUGACAUAAAAAAAAAUCACCAGUCAGGCUUUGCUGAUGUUGUUGCUAAAAUAUGAAGAUAUGAAGCUACUGUGUAACUCAGUCAUGAGCUCACAAACGAUGAAGGAUCCCCAGCUUAAGAUCUUUGUGUGGUUGUGAAGCUGAAUGGACAGAGAUUAAAGAGAGUCUGUCAUGAAAAGCUAACAACAUGCCGAGACUGGCAACAUAGACGGUCUCUUCAUUUACUUUAUGGUGGAUUAUACCAAAGUUAAGUGCUCCUGUCAUACCCAAUUGAACUUGAUAUGUUAUAAAGGAGUUUCCUGAGAAUCAAGCUUGUAACACAACUGGUUCUUUGGUUUUAUUGUGUCGAUUUGACUCGUUCGUAUAGCUUUUAGUCUGCUGUAAAACUAAACCCAGAUGUUUCAGUUAACAGGCACUGAGGGUGACCCACAGCUGAUAUCUUCUAACUUUCUCAAUCCACCAUCUUUUAUUUUUGCCGCCCCUCAAACAGAAACAUUUAAAAAAAAGAGUCUUCACUGUACUCUGUUGUAUUAUGUUAACAGAGACAAUUUUAUCCACCAUGACUAACCGCUUGGAAAUGCUAAAGGAAAAUACUCCCUCUUUACUGUCAGAAACAUAGAGAGGAACAAGAUUCAUUGGUCUUUAACUAUCUGCUGCGGCAGGAUGAGCAGAGAUAGAGGCAGGUAUAACUGCCUCAGGAGGUGGAAAAACACUGAUGUGAGGCAUAAUGAAAACAUUUGAUAGAGGCAAUCUUGGAAACCAUCAGCUUUGAUAUGACAGUAGUAUAUGUUUCUGGGAGGGGUAAGCAGUUUUUUAAGGCCCCCUUUGCAACUUGCAGCUAAGGAUACACACUUCUGGCCAGGACUUCCUUUCCCAUGAAUUGCUAAUAUUUACUGACCAUUAACUGGAGGAGAAAAAAUAGAGUUGGUGUUGGAGUUGGGACAGAAGACUGGCAGUUUGAUCCAAGCUCCCACAGUCUACAUGCUGAGGUGUCCUUGGGCAAGACAGUGCUCCUGUUGGCAAAGCAAAUGGUGUGUGAUUGUGUAUAUAUGGGAGUAGUUAAUACUGGUCACCUAAUACUGCAUUUUCUUACAUCGGUUCAUAAAUGUGGUACAAAUAAGUGAAUGUGGCAAAGUGAAAUUAAAGAAGUAUGAGCACUUUGAGUGGUCAGAAAGACCAGAAAAGUCACACAAGUCAUAUUACAACCUGUUAAAAAUUAAGCCAAUGUGAUGAAGCAAAAACCUGAAGCUCCUUUGACCGUCCACUUAUAGCUAACUGCAAAAAGCUGAGUACUCUGUUAGGCCUCAUGUUAAAGUAGAAUGACCAGUUCUAAAUCAGAAUUAUUAAUGUUUACAGCCUUCUUUAGGUGUAUGCAUUUGUAUGUUGCUCAGUUACUUAAUUUUACACACUGUAUGUUGUCAAUUUGUCACGAGGCAUUCAUAUUUAAUUUAGACCAAGACUUAUGCAAAUAUGUUUACAUAGUACUGCGCACAACUAGAAAGAUGUAACUGUUUGCUAGGAUGUUAAACUGUAAGUUUAUCACAAAGAAUGUGGCAACAGAGGCAUGUUGUUGUUCUUCUUGACAGCCUGUUGUGCAUAUCUUUUUAUAACUACUGACUAUUGUGAUGCCCUUGUGUUGUGCUGUGUUGCUGAUGUCCUUAAAAGGGAUUUUAAUCUCAGGGGGACUUCUGGGUAACAUAGAAGUUCAAUUUAAAUAAAUUAAUAAACUAAUUAAAUCCUUGUUUGUUUUUUUUUUGUUUGUUUUUUUUUUACCUGUGUUAGGUUUUACAUUACUAGUCACAUUUAACCAUUCACUCUGCCUUCAUAUACUGAUUGCAGAAGGUGUUACAUAAAGCCCCCAUCAGCAUUUUCUAAUCCCAUUCACACCCUGCUGGCACAGCCACUGGGGCCAGUUUUGGAUUAAGUGUCUCGGACAAAAACACUUGGGGCCUGGGGGUCGAACCUCCAACCCUCUCAAUAUAAGAUAUACAAUUCUACCACAGUGUGCACAAAUAUCAAACAGUUGCAGCCUCUAUGUUGACAGUUUUAUCUUUAGGGCAACAGCUCUGCCUGUAGAGCUAAUCUGACACACAUAUCUGUUCAAGGAUAUUAAUCAUAGCUAAAUUGUCAGUGUGUGGUUAACAGUUGGUAUGGUUGACCUGAUUAAAAUCAUUCUGAUUAGAGAGUCAAACCCGCACUGAACGUUAAAUAAAGUGAUCUGAUGAAGAAAAGGGUGGACCUGCAUCAAACAUUCAUCUCGAUUAAACCACUAUGACUGUGCAGAGUUAUCCCUCCACUUAAAUGUGUCAAAGACAGUAGUCAGUCAUUCCUUCUGCCUGUUCUUGUUGUUAACAAAAGCCACUGUCACUUCAUCAUUCUAUCUGUUACAAAUUGUGAAUAAAAAUACAGCUGUCACUGCACGCCUCCACACUUUUGCCCUGCCGUAUUUCUCACAUUAUGGGGCAGACCUAUGCAGAAAGAACAACUUUAACUCUAACCAGGAAGAAAUGGAAGACGUGUUCACAUAAACACUGACCUGAAUUGCAGUCAGCACAAACUUCCCUUUUAAUAGCAAUUAAAUUUCUCAUCAAACUGAAAUGUUUACAUGAAGCAUCUUCAUUCUGAUCAGGCUAUUAUUCUAAUUAUCGGCAGUCCAUGUUUGUGUAAUUGAAGGCCUGUGUCUUUGCAUAGUUGGUGAUUGCUGAAUGAUAGUGGAUGAUAUUACACACCUUUAAAGAACACUUCUAUCAGUCUUGCAGCCACAGAUUUUUUUUCAAUGCAGAAUCUGUGAAUAGACUAGUGUGAAGGUGAGUGGUAGAGUGGUUGCGUGACCUCCAUCCCAGUUAUGCUCUGAUCACCUAAAGCCUGAGGCCACUUGUGGCCAGAGGAUUGCCAUCUGCUUCCUUGAGUUAUGUUUGCUUUGCUUAAGAUGAUGGCCCACGACAAGCAAACACUACCGUUCAUCAUAAUUACAGAGAAAAGUAGCUGUUUUUCAUAAAUUGUGCCUACACAAUGUCUUUUGAACCUGUGGGUUUGCAUACCGCAUGAUUGUAGUGAUGCCUCAAAAUAUAUAUCUUCUAACACCUCCUUGUUUUCUUGUUUCUGUUUUGCCACUACCAAUAACCACAUAUUAAGCUCCUUGGCAAGAUAGUAGGAAAGCAUUCUUCUUCUUCUGUCUUCUGGUUCCAAAACUGCUUUGGGCUGUUUCAGAUAAACAGAGCACUUGAGCAAGUUGGGACAAAUAGACAUAGUUUAAAGAUUGACUGUUAAAUUUACUUGUAUCACAACAUUAAUAUGAAAGCUUUUCUGCUAUAUGAUGGGAGAUAAAUCCCAGAACGAGCACAACAUUUCUUGUGCUUCAGUUUCAUAAAUGAUCAGUAUGGGAAGUACUCAAAAGGCCACAACUUGGUCCUAUAGCUUCUCAUUAUUGGGAAAAAUUUGCGGUUGAACAACAGGUAUCAUAUUUCCAAGAGUCAGUGUUUGUUGUUUGGCAUUUUAACUUCUCCCUUACCUUUCAAUUGUCCUCAAAGUGCUGUUUUCCUCUAAGAUUAUUAUUUUACCGGUGAUUAAAGCUCCGGGCUGAUGGCAGCAUUUUUGGACCUCUGCAUCAUACAUGAAGACAGUUAUCUGACUAAUAGCAGCUACUUAAGAUUGAACUGGUAUGAAGCUGACAGAUGUCUUUUCAUAGUCCUGAAGUUGACCAGGAGACAAGCUGCAAAACAAAGAAAACACAGCUAAGGAAGGAGGGAUGUCAGCAACACUAUAUCAGAAAUAGUUAGAAACAGAUGAUGGAAAAGGAGAGACACCAAAGAGAAGUUAAGAGGUGCCAACCUGACACUUAUAUGCACAGACAGUGGUGUCCAGAUGGCAGGAGUGUAGUUUGAGCAGUGAAGUGUACAGUGAUGGAUCAUUUGAGAUCAUGCCUGAGAUUAAUGGAGUUCAUGAACUUGAUUCAAUUGUCAUGAGCUUUUAUGGCCACCACCUGUUCUGCUUUUGCCGAAAGAAAAAAAAUAUAUAAAAAGGAAAGGAUGCCAAACACCGAAAACUUAGCUUUUCCAAGACUUCACCUUGAUCUCUCCAUUGGCUGCAGCUGCUAUUUUACGGAAAUGUUAUUUUCAGUUGAAGUUUAAGAUAGAGACCUUCGACACUGAUUGCAAUGGAUGAAUCACUUCUCUGUUAGAUGUAUGCAUUUUACAAAAAUCUAUGCUGCCUUAAUCUGUGAUCUAAUUCGGAUUGAGGGGUUGAGUUAAAGUAUUUCAAAGUUUUGUCCGUCUUUAAGUCUGUAAUCGUUUCAAAGUCUGAUUCUUGCUGUUAUGGUUUCCUCUUAAAAAUAUAAUUAAUCUCUCAUUGUUACUAAUACUAAUAGCCUAUUUCUGAUUGUUUAACCUUCUCAGGCGCACAGUGCCAUAUGGGAUGUCGAGCUACAGGGGACCACAGCGAAUUAGACGUGAUGUUGGCCCACAAGCAUCUGAAACCAAGGGGGCUCAGCGCUGCACCUGUGCCACACCUGACUUGGACUCUGAGUGCAAAAAAUUUUGUCUGUCAAGGUCAGUCUGAUGCUCUUUGUUUAAAACUAUAUUAACAUCUACACAACGAGAAAAAGGUGUUCAAGAAAAAAAAACAAAAUUAAAAAACUAAUCACGAUUGUUGAUAUUUUGGGGAAAAACAAGAGGUGUAGAAGGAAUAAAUUUGUAUAUAUGUAAUGUUUGAUAUAUCAUAAAUAUAUAUAUUUGAUAUAUAUGAUAUAUCAUAUAUGAUAUAUGUUUUCUAGGAACACAGAAUAAGAUCGCUAACACUACAUUUACUUUUAACUUCUUUACAUGCCAUAAAAAUCUAUUAUUUUGAAAGUAUUCAUAAGCAAUCUGAGUAAGAUUUUAAGAGUUAACUGAAAGGCCACCUCUCACAAAUCUAUUUUCAAGCAACAGUAAUUAAAUGUAGUGUAACUGAAACACAACAAUCAAGUACAUUUUGCUGAGAGACAUAGUUGGACUUUCAACAUAAGGAAAAAUGAGAAACUUUGAACAUUUCAACAUCUUUCUGUUUCUCAAUAACAUGAAAAUCAUUUUAUCUUCUUAUUUCUUGUAUCCGGAAGGGAAAACAUAAGUGGAUGUCUGAUUUAGAAAGGUUAUAUCAUCCUGAGAAUAUCAGUUUUUCAAGUAUUAAGUAUUCAGAUAUAACAAGUGUACACAAAAUAAUUACACUAUUCUGAAUUUCACACAUGAAAACAGCAGUGGUAGUAACAGUUAAUCUCUAUUUUCAAGAGGAAUGGACUGAUCAGUGCAGAAAUUUAGAUUAUUGCUGUUGCUUGUUGUUCAAUCUUCUUUUCAGCCAACAGGUUUAAGUCCCUAGAUAACAAAGGCUAGUAAUGAGAUACCAGAAAAAAUGCAAAACUUAUAAUUAAUAGGAAGGUAUUACCCACUGAAUCGGUGAAGCCAUAUAGUAGCAAUACUUAAGUAUUUCUUAUCGUCAUAAUUAAUCUAAAUUUUAACUUCUUAAUUUUCACAGCAAUAGAUACUCAGCUACUCAGAACAAUCAGCACACAGUGUUCAUGUUUUACAGAUCAGGGUCAUUAUGGGUUGUUCACAUGCUGAUGGAUCACGCUCAGGUUCCCAUAAGGAAAAUUGGUUUUAGAAAAGUGAUGCCAUAAUGAUGCAAUCAGGGCUAUCACUCUUUUGGCUUAGAUAAACAGAGGCAGAAUAAUCCACAGUUUUCAGAGCCUGGAUCACACAGAUAUACAGUCUACUGCUACUGCUUGCCCAAUGAUUAAAGCACCAUACAGGGGUUUUAGUUCUCAUCACAAUGGCCUCUGUUUCAACUCCCGACCAUUUGCUAUAUAUGUUCUCCCACUCUCUACCCCACAUUUCCUUUCUUUUGCCAAGUUCUUUGGCCAUCAAAUCAAGGCAAAAUAAUAAAAUAAUAAUAAUGUGAAAUAAAAUGUCUAAAUUUUUUGAUAUUUUUCAUCCAUUUUUAGAGUUUCUUCAGUCUUUAUUACAUUCGUCAUGUAUCCUUUUUCUAAAGGCCUGUGUCCACUGGAGGUGUUAUUUGAGCUGACAGCACCAACAUCACUUUCAGACUGCUUUAUGUUCACCCUUGCUGUUGCUUAGUUACAAAUAAUGUCUCACAGUUCUUCUGCUUGCCUUUGUAGUGACUGUUUAGUCUGUUUUAAACCGCUCCGGUAUUUUAAUUUGCUUUUAAUCAAAGAAAACAUGAAAAGUAUGGAAAAGAAUCCCAUCCUGACAUUAGCAGUAGCUCUAGAGCAGAUAUUUUUAACCUCAACAAAGUGUUGUCAGCUGCAGGUGAUAAAUUGUGCAUAGUUAAUUUAUAGCUUUUCAAGCGAGUGCACCUUGGCAGCAGGAAUAAAAACAGCUGACCAAUGAGGAUACAAAAAAUGCUCUGUUUUACUGUUUUUGUGUAGAAAGUAAGCACUUCCUUUGAUUAAACCUUUGUUAAUGGGCACAGGCCCUAACAUUGCUUGUUAACUGUGUCAUAUUUCUCCUCACAGCCCCCUUCGGAAAGUGCCAAUCAGGAGUCUCCACAGAGUCCCUGGCCCGGGAUGACAGCUUGACUCCUCUCCGUCUUUCGCUGUUUUCCUUGCGGGAAUGGAUCCUUCCCUUCUCUUUGGGCCCUUCAUUUUCUGUUUGGCACCCUCACCUCCACAGGCACACUCACAUUUAAGGGAAGAGCUAAAGAGUCUGACACUGCCGGCAUUCCUCUGCAUCAUAACUCUUGGAGCAAGUUCCAUCAGGCCGAGUGAUUUCAAGAACUCCUCUGCAAAUUCGAUGCAGAUCCCUGGGGGCCAUCCACUCCCCACUGAGAGCAGCGGGAGGAUUACUUCAGCCAUAAAAUCAGUAGCCGAUGACCUUGCUUAUGUCAAGCCUGAUCAGACAAACCCUGUAUCCCCAGCUGGCAACAGAUGGUUGUGGACUACAUUUGACUUUCCAUUUCGAAACAAUGAGAUGGUCUAUCCAGGACAUCGAAGACAUUUGAAAAGUUGAAACCAAAAGCUAUUAUUACCAAGGCUGAUGACGAUUGUGGUUACAUUGACUUUAUAAGUAGUAAAACAUGCCUGUAAAAGAGGGAAAAGCUUUUAACCACUGGUGGAAUAUUAUUAAGCUUUGUUUAUGAGACAAUUUACAGUUUGUCUAGAAAGCAUUUAUAGCCUGACAGUUUGCAUAUUGUGUUCAGCCGACUUCUGUCAUCUGUGCUUCUUGUAACCUGACAAUCACUUAAACUUUACCUCACCACCUCAGGCUCAAAUCUGCUAGAAAAUGAAUAACACCCUUAACAUGGUUGAUUUAUUUUGUGUCAUUUAAAACUGUCAAAAAGUUAGAUUGUACUGUAAACUAUAUAUGUGUGGUGUGUGUGUAUGUGUGUGUGAGAGACUAUAUAGAUGAAUGGAUGUUUGGCUGAGACCCACGAAAAAGAUGGGAACGUGGAGAGUAUUCAGACAGUGUUGGUUUUGGUCUUUUUAUUGGAAACUUUCACCACAACAUAAAAGAGAAUAACAUAAUAUUGUCUCAUUGUCAGUGGCAUGACAAAGUGUUUCAUUUUUCAUACUGAAGGCAUGUUCCCUGAGGCCGAAAAAGAGCAGCAGCAGCAGCGUGUGUCAUAUCCCACAAAGCUCUGCUAGGUAUAGGGGUAAAUUUUGAAAGUACAUGCAAUAAUUCAGAACUCUUGAGUGAUUGUGUUACCUGUUUCUGGGUGGUUUGUGCAUUCCCAAUGACCAGUAUUGUGUUCUUCAAGUUUAUUUAGGCCUCCACUCCUCUGUCUCCCUGUCCGUCUUUACAAUAGCUUUCUGACUUUCGACUGCUGCCUAACAAACAAUACUGACUUAUUUAUCAUAUAAAAAUGUUGACAUCUUAUAUAUUUGUCUAAUAGAGAGGGUUCACCUGUCUCAAUAAACAUUUAAGAUCUAAAAAGGAUA